AUGAUCUUUGAUGUUAUAGAGAAAAACAGAGAGAAAAGUAGUGUUGCCAAUGGAUCCGUCUCAAAUUUCGAAGUUGGCACUCAACAACAACCGAAUAGUGUGCUCAGAACAAUCAUUGAGAACAUGAUGUUCCCAGUUAGUCUCGAAGUUCUUCAUCAGCUCUUCGCUCGUUUUGGAAAAGUGCUCCGUAUUAUCACUUUCAGCAAAAAUAACACUUUCCAAGCACUCGUCCAAAUGAGUGAAGCUAAUUCUGCUCAGUUGGCAAAGCAAGGACUCGAGAAUCAAAAUGUGUACAACGGGUGUUGCACUCUCCGCAUCGACUACAGUAAGCUGAGCACUUUGAAUGUCAAAUACAAUAAUGACAAGUCUCGUGACUACACGAAUCCAAAUUUGCCAGCUGGAGAAAUGACAAUUGAACAGACUCUUGCGAUGAGUACUAUCCCGGGACUUCAGAAUCUGAUUCCAGCCAAUCCGUAUAACUUUGCAUUCGGUGCUAAUCCGGCAACAACCUUCUUGUCUUCUCAACUUGCUGUCUCAUCUGCCGCAGCCGCAGCAGCCAAUGACUCUGCGAAUGCUGCCGCCCUGGCUCCAUAUCUGAAUCCAUUGGGAUUGAAUCCGGCCAAUUUAUCGUCUUCCAACCUCAAUAUUCGUUAUUCAAUGCUCAAUUUGACACCGGUCAUUUUGGUUUCGAAUCUUCAUGAAAUGAAAGUCACCACGGAUGCCCUCUUCACCCUUUUUGGGGUCUACGGAGAUGUGAUGCGUGUCAAGAUACUAUACAACAAGAAGGAUAAUGCGUUGAUUCAGUAUUCCGAGCCACAACAAGCACAGCUAGCUCUGACCCAUCUGGACAAAGUGAAAUGGCAUGAUCGACUGAUUCGUGUUGCUCCAUCAAAACACACGAACGUUCAAAUGCCGAAAGAAGGACAGCCGGAUGCUGGUCUCACCCGUGAUUAUGCUCACUCAACACUUCAUCGUUUCAAGAAACCAGGAUCAAAGAACUAUCUGAAUAUCUAUCCACCAUGUGCCACUCUUCAUCUCUCGAACAUUCCAACCAGUGUCAGUGAAGAUAAGCUCAAAGAAAUGUUUGCGGAGGCUGGAUAUGCUGUAAAAGCUUUCAAAUUCUUCCCAAAAGACCACAAAAUGGCACUGUGCCAAAUGGAAGAUAUCGAGACAGCUAUCGAUGCUCUCAUCAAAAUGCACAAUCAUAAGUUAGCUGAAAAUGCUCAUUUGCGUGUUUCCUUCUCUAAAUCCGGCAUCUAG